AUGGAGAAAAUAGAUGUUUCUGGAAAUCCAAUGGGUCAUGUUAGUGACUGUAACUUCAUAGAUUUCAUGGAUGGAACAAAUUUUGAGCAGUUCAUUGAACUCAUUAGGGGUGAAACUGCAGAUCCUUUUGUUAAGUUCUGCCCCAACUAUGACUGCGAGCACAUUGAUGGCUGUUUGGCUGAUGGCCAUUUCGGCCUGCCCCCGGGAGAAUUGUUUGAUUUCAAUGCCCCAACUGUGUCUGAAUUGAAUUCUGUCCUUAAUUCCCAUCAUGGAGAAGUGGAGGAAAAGAAUGAUGGAGAAGAAUCAUCUGCAACAACGACAACGACAACAAAAACAACAACGACAAAGAGGAGUACAAAGUCUGAUCGAUCGAGAACUUUAAUAUCUGAAAGGCGGAGGAGAGGCCGGAUGAAGGAGAAGCUCUAUGCAUUGCGUUCCUUGGUUCCCAACAUAACCAAGAUGGAUAAGGCGUCCAUAAUUGGAGAUGCUAUAUUGUAUGUGCAAGAACUGCAAAUUCAGGCUAAGAAGCUUAAGGCUGAGAUUGUAACCCUCGAAUCAUCCGUAAAUGGAGUGGACCAAUAUCAAGGAAGCUCAUAUGCAAAUCUCCAUCCAAUAUGCAAGAAGAUAGUGCAGAUGGACGUGUUUCAAGUGGAGGAGAGAGAGUUUUAUGUGAGAUUAACAUGCAACAGAGGGAACGGAGUUGCAGUAUCACUUUACAUGGCUGUAGAGUCACUUAGCAGCUUCAAUGUUCGGAGCUCCAACUUGGCUACAGUUGCUGAGAACUUUGUAUUAACAUUCACACUGCAUGUUAGAGAAUGUGAUGAAGUGAACAUAAACUUGCCAAAUUUGAAGCAGUGGAUAGCUGGGGCUCUUCUUAACCAAGGAUUUGAAUUUAAAACAUCUCUAUCGGCCUAA